CUCGAACAGUUUGUCUGGCCAAGCUUCAUAGUAGAGAUGAUUCAAGAUGAAAGUUAUCUUAAGCCAAGACAAUUUUUAUUUUUAUGCUUUCGGUUGGUGGCAUUAGUAACUCUUCUAUUUGGAAUACUUGGUAUAGUUCAUUGUCAAGAAGUUUUGAGCUCGGAAAACGACAUUUGCAGAUUCUUCAAAGAUGGCGUCUUGUUGCGAAAGCCAGGCUUUUGUCAUAUCGGCAUAAAGUGUGAAAACUUUAAAAGCGUUACUGCGACCGAAUGUGAAAAAAAUCAGUUUUAUAAUCGAAAUACUAACAAAUGUGAAAAAACUUCUUCCGACAAAUAUUGCGCAACAGCAUGUACUUCAAAAACUCAGGGGUAUAUUGCGGACACUAAGAACUGUCAAGGCUGGUAUAACUGCAAAGGCUCCACCACGGUUAGCUUCGGCUCUUGUGCGGGUAAUCUGGUUUUUAAUGUUAAUGAAGGGAUGUGUGAUUAUCCGGAAAAUUAUUCUUGUAAAAAGGAAUUUAGUUUUUGUGAUGUUGUGCCUAAUUCAAUACCAUUUUUGCACGAGACGAACUGUGCUGGCUACUAUGAAUGUGUGAAAGACAAACUAGUUGAGCAGGCGUGUGAAUACGGUAACUACUUUGAUGUUGAAACAGGAACUUGCAUUCCAAGGAAUAAAGUUAAUUGUGCAAAAUAUCCGAUUCCUGAUGAAGUCUGCGGCAACAAAAAACUUGCAAUUAGAAAUCGCUUUGUCAGUGAUGACGCUUCUUGUCGUGGAUAUUUUUACUGUAAAGACCUUGGUGUUGGCAUCCCAGAUACAGCACCGGUUUGGGGACAGUGCUCGGAAACAAGAUUUUUCGAUCCGAUAGAAGAGGCUUGUUUGCCUCGAGCGCAUGUGCGAUGCGUUGACGAUCGAUGCGACGGUCGAAAUGACGGUUAUGAGAUAAGUUCACAAACGGGUUGUCAACAUUACCUUAUUUGUAAAGGAAAUCGUACUUCAGAGGAAGUUUAUUGUGGGGACGAUAAGUGGUUUGAUGCAGAAAAAAAUGAGUGCACCACCACUAUUAAAUCGUAUCUAGCUUGCUCUUAAUUCUAUACUUUGUGUAACAAUUAUACUCAACACUAACACUAUUAUCAGUUUAUAAAGCUUUUUCAGUUCCACA